GGAUAAUAAAGAGUUGCAAUUUAAGUAAAUAUCCCGGAAGGCGUAAACGAUAAGUUCGUGACAAAACGGCUUUUUCUGAACCUGUGUAAACAUGACCGUGGGGUAAUAGCCAUGCUUCCGAUAUAAGGGUCCCUGCGUUCGCGCUCUCCAACCAAAUUCGCCCACGCAGCCAUGGCAGAGAAGGGAACUAAAAUGCUGGUAUUUGCUGCCUUCUCAUUCCUGUCCAUGCUGUCUACGAUCGAGGGCUAUUACGGCUCUUACGACGGGUUCACCAUCGAGUUGCCGCUGUGGUUCGAGCUGAUACCCAAGCUCAAUCCUCCGGGGUUCGCCCCCUUCAAGGAAGUCGGGGGACAACCCAACGCGCUACACCACGAUGUGCAUUCCCACUACCAACCGGAGUACCAAAACAGGGUACCACAAGUGGACUACAGCAAACCAGAAUACCAGAGCAGGGUGCCGCAAGUGGACUACAGCCAACCUGGGUAUCCAAACGUCGUUCAUCUGCAACCCAAACCCUAUCCGUACCCGAGUUUACAGCAAUACCCGAGGCCUCAGGAUGCCUACUUUAAACCACCAGUGCCCCAGAAGCCUACAGUCAUAACUACUCCUCCCACAAAACCAACUUCAGCGACAGUAAAAACAACAUUAAGGACAUCGACAACUGCGAGGACACCAUCAACAACAGCAACGAUCCCUCCUGGAUAUCCUGAUGAAGAAGAGGAAGGUAAUUUAGAAGAAGAAGACCGCGGAGAGGAAAGUCAAGAAUCCUAACUUGCAAUCGAUGUCCUAAUAAAACAACGGAGACAGUUUUAUAAUAAUGUUUUUAUAUUUAUAAUAAUGUUUUCUAAUGAUGUUUUCAAUUGUAUAAUGGAAUUUUUUAACUUAUGUAAAACUGCAUCUUGUAUUUUUGUAUAAUAAAUGAUAAAAGAAUUUUCCUUUUAUUUCUCAUUGGUGAUAAAAAAACAUUUAGUCUGAUAAGUGUUACAAAAAAAC